AUGAUUAAUUUUGGUUUUAUUGCGCCAGGAUUCCUUUCACUAGACACGGAAGAAAUUCCAGGAAAUGCCGGCAUGGCUGAUCAGGUCGAAGCGUUGCGUUGGGUCCAGAAAUUCAUCAAAUAUUUUGGUGGAGACAAGGACAAAGUCACUAUCGUUGGAGAAAGUGCCGGUGCAGCCAGUGUGGGUUUCCUACUUCUUGCUCCCCAAUCAAAAGAAGAAGGCCUUUUUAGGAACGCCAUUGCCGAAUCUGGCUCAAUGCUUGCUGAUUGGGCUGUAGACCGUAAUUCAACUAAACACGGAUAUGUAAUAGCUGAAUUGGCUGGAUGUCCACUUGAGCCAUAUGCCGACUUGUUGCACUGUCUGCGAAGCGUUGACGUCAAAACCCUACGCGACGCUCAAUAUUAUUUCUCUACUAACGACACUUUAAACGGCGGGUUGGGUUUUGGAGGACAAUCUCCUAUAAUUCAGACCACCGGAAAAGUUCGUUAUUUGACAGACGAGCCAAGAAAGUUGAUCGAAAGUGGGAAUUACCACACGGAAGCUCAUUUAAUGUUUGGCGCUAAUGAAGGUGAAGGUAUCAUGGCUUUAGACAUGACGCUGAACUUGUACAUCCGACCGAACGAUCUUGAAAAUGAUACGAAUUUUUGGAAAUAUGACGCCGUGAGAGUUGUUAUGGGAGCUUUGGGUAUCCGCGAUGACACCAAAUAUCUCGGAUAUGCAGUUGAUUCUUGUCAGAUAGGAAAUUUCACCGUCAUGAUUCCAGGACUAGUUGAUAUUGCAGGUACCUUGUUCUUGAAAGCCGGGGGUUGGCAAACUGUAUUGCUGCAUACCAAAUAUAAUCCUCACGCUUAUUGGUACUCGUUUGACUUUCUCGGUAAAGUUAGCUUGAUUGGAGCCGAUGAAAUCCUUCCCCGUGGUGUGAUGCACGCUGAAGAAAUCAUGUACCUAUUCACCAUGCCCAUUCCUCACAACGAAACCGAAAAAGAGCUUGGUAAAAAAAAUGAUUGAAGUGUGGACCACUUUCGCCACUUAUGGCGAGCCGACGCCUGCUGGAGUGCCUAUGAGAGAAGGUAUUCCGCAUUGGCCUCCAUACACCCAUGAGAAGAAAGAAUUUAUGGCAAUCAAUAAAUAUUGGAGCGUUAAAAACGACUACACUUUGUAUUACACGGUAACGGUGGACAAGGCGGGACCGAGAAUUGUUAGUCCAUAAACCAAGCAAGAAUGUGCAAGCGCAUAUUGGGAAUCCAAGAAAAAAACGUCACAACACCAAAGCUUGAAGUGCUAACAACCAACAUGUACAACCAAACAUUAAGUGCGCGAAUACUAGAUUUCUAUCCGCUGUCUGCUUUCACCCUGAUAUCUGAAUGAUUCAACUUAUUAUCUGUAGAUUUGAUACGAUACGAUUUUAAAGAGAUGCCAAUAAAUGUAGUCAAUUACCG